UUUAAUCCAAAUAACAUGAGAGUUUCCUCUUCAUUCCCACAAACUCCUCUAUCAAAUCCAGUGUCCAAUCCAAACCCUAAUUAGAUGAUUCUCCGCAGCUUCCUCCUAUCUGAAUGUUAAAAAAUGGUGCGUCAACAUCAACCAAUGACUAGUCGUACAUCAUCUUGAACUAGUCGUACACGUAACAAAUCUAUAUCUCACCAACCUUUGUAGUAAAUCUGUCAAACGCGAACACGGGAAUGUUCCAGCUAUACUGAAUUUUUCUUUCAAUUUCUUAACACCUUACAAAAAAAGUUAUUUUAGUUCAUCCCUCGAUCGAAAUCAGGCUUUGAUACCACUUAAUACGGAUGUUCUAAUAAGGAGAAGGGCUUCGAAGAACAACAAAAGGAGUAAGGAUUCUAACAAUUGAAUACAACCCUAACAGAUCAUGGAGUGAAAGUACUCAGAAAGUUUCAAAAAGACCAGAAAGUCAAUAUGAGUGGUAAACACGUCAAGAUCCACUUUCCACGACCAAAAAGCAGAGUCAACAAUAAAUUAGUCUUGUUUUGUAGUAUUAUAUAAAGGGACAUUCCAAGUCUUUGAUAAGCAUAUUGAGAUCAUCUCAUACAAGGUCCAAACAAAGAGUUUUGUUGCCUGGUUGGGUUUAAAGUUUAGUUUCAUGUUGAGGAACUGAUUUUGGUUCAGAGUUGAUCUUUGAGUUGAAGUUUUGAACAACUUGUCUAUCUUUUGUGUUACCUUUUUUUUCCAUUAACAAAAAGCAUGUCCGAUAGCAAGACCCUUUUAACUGCUGUGGCCUCCAUUGCUGCUUCAGCUAUGCUGCUCAGAAGUAUUACCAAUGAGUUUGUUCCUAAUGAAGUCUUGGAAUAUUUUCACUCGGGAUUUCACAAUCUAUCUCGCAAAUUAUCCACCCGACUCACUGUGGUCAUCGAAGAAUUUCAAGGCAUGUCAAGAAACCAAGUGUUUGAGGCUGCAGAGGCCUAUCUCACCACCAAAGCCACUCUCUCAGCUCAAAGAAUUAAAGCAAGCAAAUCAGAGAAUGAUAAAAAUCUUUCAUUCGGUGUAGACAGAGAUGAAGAAGUGAAUGAUGAGUUUGAAGGGAUUGAAAUAAGGUGGAAAUACAUAUGUAAACAAGCUGAGUCAAUCCGGAAUAAGCAUCGUGAUAUGAAUUCCUCGUUGAGGUCAGAAAUAAGGUACUAUGAGCUAUGUUUUCCAAAGAAACACAAGGAGAAGAUAUUCAGUUCAUAUUUUCCAUACGUGUUGGAGAGAGCCAAGGACAUCAAACAAGAAAAUGAGGCAGUGAAGCUUCACACGGUUGAUUAUAGUUGUUAUUGGAAAGUUCCUGGUAUCAAACUUGGUCACCCCAUGACUUUCAAGACUCUUGCAAUUGACGCAGAACUUAAGAGGGAAAUAGUGAAUGAUUUGGACAAGUUUGUGAAAGGAAAAGAGUUCUAUAAAAGAACUGGGAAAGCUUGGAAACGUGGUUACCUCUUGUAUGGCCCUCCUGGCACUGGCAAGUCUAGCCUUAUUGCUUCCAUGUCCGAUUAUCUGAACUAUGAUAUCUAUGACUUGGAUCUCACCACUGUCCAAGACAACAAUGAAUUAAAACAUUUGAUCCUAGCCAUGUCUAACCGCUCCAUGCUUGUGAUAGAGGACAUUGAUUGCACUAUAAAGCUGCAGAACCGAGAAGAAGAUGGAGAAGCAGUUAAGAAUGGAGACAAUAAGGUAACACUUUCAGGACUGUUGAAUGUUAUAGAUGGUCUAUGGUCAAGCUGCGGGGAGGAACGCAUUUUUAUUUUCACAACCAAUCACAAAGAGAAGCUGGAUCCUGCUCUGUUAAGACCUGGCAGAAUGGACAUGCAUAUUCAUCUGUCAUACUGUAACUUUUCUGCUUUUGAGCAAUUGGCCUUCAAUUACCUUGGAAUUUCUCAGCACGAACUCUUUCACCAGAUUGAAGGGCUUCUCGGAGAAGUACAAGUGACUCCAGCUGAAAUUGCAGGAGAGCUAAUAAAGAUCUCUGAUGUUGGAGAAGGCCUACAAGACAUUGUCAAAUUCCUCCACAGCAAGAAAAUGCUUCAGGAACAGACUGUGUAACUGACCACAAUAUCAAAGACCAUAAACUGGCUUGGAAUUAUGGCAGAUAAGAUAAACCAGAGAAGAAUAUCUUCAGUUGAAGGCAACAAAUAUGAUAUUUGAUUCAUCAACCAUCUUUACAUUGUAAUUACUUAAAGAGAAAGAACAAGUUAACAAAUCAAUAACUAAUAGACUUGAUUUUAAGUUACAAAUUAA